CCAGGCAGAGGGGGCCCACGCGGGACUGCAGUGGCACAGAGCGAGCGGCCGCGCGCGCACGCACGCACGGGCACCCCCGGAGACUCGGAGCCUCCUUCCCCGGAGUCCUAGUGUGGGGCGCUCUCCGAACCCACCAUGGCCUCGGCUGUCCCCAGCAGAAUCCCCGUUCCCGGGGGCGAUCCCGAGAUGCACGUGAAGAUGUGCAAGAAGAUCGCCCAGCUCACCAAGGUGAUCUAUGCCCUGAACACGCGCCAGGACGAGACUGAGGCCAGCCUGGAGGCGUUGAGGGAGGCCCAUGAGGAUGAGCUGCGCCAGGCGGUGGCCGAGGCCCAGGCCAGGGUCCAGAAGGGCAGGGGCCAGGGCCAGGAGGAGGAAGAAGAGGAGGAAGAGGAGGCCGCGGCCUUGCUGAGGCGCAUCCAGGCUCUGGAGAGCGCCCUGGAGUUGCAGAAGAGGCGCACGCAGGAGGCCCAGGCACAGAGCCAGGAGCGUGAGCACUCGGAGCGAGUCCUCACCCUGUCCCAGGAGAUGCUGGAGCUCAAAGCCGAGCCGGGCAGGCCUGCAGAGAUGCGGCAGGUGCUGCUGGAGGUGGAGAGGCUGCGGGCGGAGAACCAGCAGCUGAGCCAGGACUAUGCGCAGAAGGCCCAGGAGCUGCAGGCCACCUACGAGCGCGACAACGAGGCCAUCCGCAGGGCCAUGCAGCAGUCGGUGAGCCAGGCCCUGUGGCAGUGGCAGGAGAAGGAGACCGACCUGCGCAGGAACUUCCAGGUGCAGGAGUCGGCUCUGCAGGCCCAGGUGCAGAAGCUCCAGGGGGACCUGGAGCACCGGGGCCGCAAGAUCAGUGACCUCAAGAAGUACGCGCAGAAGCUCAAGGACAGGAUCCAGGACCUGGACGUGCAGCUCAAGGAGGCCCGGCAGGAGAAUUCAGAGUUGAAGAGCGCCGCCAAAAAACUUGGGGAGAAGCUGGCAGUGGCCAAAGACAGACUGACACUGAAGGAGGCUCAUGUAACCCAGAAAUCAGAUGAUGUGAAAACAGAGUUAGUCCCCAACAAUCAAGGCCUGGGAGAAGCCAAUGACUUGAAAGCCUUCCGUCUCCCACCUCAGCAGGACCCGAACUUUCUGCAGGAGUGUUUGUGCGAGGAAGGAGGCCAGGAAGCUCAGACCCAGGAGAAGGCUAGUGCUAAGACAGAGCCCACAAAGCAGCAGUUUGAGGAAGACCUGUGGAAAAUCAAAGCACAGACGGAAGAGGAGAAGGAGCGACUCAAAGACCAGCUGGUGAGGCGGCUGGAGGAGCUGGUCAAGAAGCACAAAGUGGAGAUCAAGUCAGUUCGCUCCUCAGUGGAGGCCGAGAGGAGGAAGCUGCAGAGGGAAGUAGAAGCCAGGUUGGAAGAGGUGACGAAGAAGUCAGAAAAUAAAAUCAAGCAGCUGGAGGAAGAGAAAGCAACCCUCAGUGCGAAGCUCCAGAACUCUCUGCUCGAAGUCUUAAGAAUGGAAGAAUUGAUCCAAAAACACCAGAUCUGCUCACGGAGAGGUGAGGAAAGGGUCCCAGAAGCUGACUGCCAGCACUGCAGAGUCUCCAAGACCCAGGAUCCAUGCUCAAAGCUGAAAAAAGCUCCCGAAAGUCUGCCCAGGGAAGAAAUCCAGGAGAAGUUGGCAAUUGAAGAAGAAAGCAGCAGCAGUGAUGAAGAAGAAGAAAGCCCCAAAGUGUCGCUCAAGGAGGGAGCUGACCCACAGCCCACAGCAUCCACAGAGGAAGAGAAGGUCCCAGAUCGACACCUUCUACAGGCAGAGUGGCAGAGCCAGAAGGACCACCUGCGUGCCCAGAUGCAUCAAGCCCUGGAGCACUGCACCAGCCACUACAGGGAGGACCUUCAGGAGCUCCAGCAUCUGUCAGCUCAGGAGCAGGAGGUGCUGCAGAGGGAGCUCCAGGAUGCUGUGCACCAGAGCCAGGCCGAGAAGGCGCAGCUUGAGGCCUCCCACCAGCGGGCCCUGCGUGUGCUGGAGAAGGCCAAGAACCAGGAGCUCAAGGCCACUGAAGAACGCUUGAAGAAGGAAUCCAGCCAGAGCCUCCAGCUCCAGCAGCAGAAACACCAGCGGCAGCUCCAGGCCCUGGAGGAAAAGGCCCAGCAAGAGCUCCAGGGAGCGCUGGAGAGGCUACAGGCUCAGCAGGCGCUGCUACUAGAGUCCCUCCGAGAAGAGCUCGCCGAGCAGCGGGCUGCCUGCUGCCAACACCAGAAGGACCUGGAGACGCUGCAAGCAGAGCGAAGGGCACUGGGCAGCUCGGGCAGGCGACAGGGCAUGGCCCCUUGUCCAGGGGACCAUGGGGACUCCCCAGGCACAGCAGAGGCCCCGGGUCCGGCGGGCUCCCCGGCGGAGGAGAAGGCGCAGCUCCAGGACGCGCUGCGGAGGCUGCGUGCAGAGCUGGAGCAGUACCAGCAGGAGGCGCUGCAGCUCCGCGAGCAGCGCAGGCUUCAGGAGGAGGAGCAGCAAGCCCAGCAGGCCAGAGAGGUGGAAACACUGCGCCAGGAACACCGGAAGGAGAUGCAGGCCCUGGCAGCGGACUUUAGCAAUGCUCAAGCCCGACUCCAGGCCCGGCUGGCCGCCCUGGAGACUGAGCGCCAGGAGGCGGCAGAGAAGCCGGGCGCAGGGGCGUCCAGGCCAGAGGACGUGCAGCUCAUCGGCCGCCUGCAGAGCCGCCUGCAGGAGAGGGAGGACUUCAUCAGGCAACUCACGGAGGAGCGGAGGUUCCACUACGCCGCAGCCUUUCCCAGUGCCAUGGCCCACCGGAAUCGGUCCUUCUCUUUCAAUCCCCACCCGGGAUACCUGAGCCCAUCCAUGAAGAAAAAGAAGCUGGAGGAAGUGCCCAGCCGAGUGGUCAGCGUGCCUAACCUGGCCUCUUAUGCCAAGAACUUUCUGAGCGGGGACCUGGGCUCCAGGAUUGGCGGACCCCCCCUCACCAAGUCGCCCAGCCUGGACCGGAGUCCGGGCUGUGGUCGCCCCUACAAGCCCCCACAGUCUUCGGAUGUGAAAACUGCCCCCAGGGCACAAGAAGGUGAAACAGGCCAGUCCAAAGAAGCACAGCAGAAGCAGGGCUCUGCACACCAGGAAUGGUUCACCAAAUACUUCUCCUUCUAAACGCGUCACUGGGAUCUGUCAGUCAUUAAGAAGAGUAGUGAAGAGCAUCUCCUUGAAAAGAUCUGAGUGAUAAGCUGAAGCUGAAUGAACUAAAACGCCAACCAAAUCACUUGCUUGUUUAUGUAUCGGAGCCCCACCCCCCCCAAAAUGUUUGUAUUAACAUCCCUUACUGUUUCAUUGUGGCACCCGUCAUUCAUAGGAAUGAGCCCUGACGUUAAGUUAAACCAAACCAGUGUCAUGAGAAAGCUCCCAUGGACAAUGUCAUUGUAUGUCAAUGUCAUUGUAUGUCCAGUGUAAGAUUUUCCAGUCGUUCCCAUCAUCUACUUACAGGUAUAUCAUUUGAUGUUAGGAUGCUUGUCAUGUCCUCUUGCAAUGUUGUUUCCGUGUCAAUGCUACCAGUUCCAAUGUAUACCUCGAACAGCAAUAGGAAGAUCAAAAGCAAAGAUCAAUAGGGCCAGGAAACCCAAUUAAGACACCAAGUCUGAGCCACUACUAUCAAGGGACCGUGACAGACCUGGGCACACGCGGGUGGAAUCAUUUGGCUUUUUAGGCCCCAGGUGCAAAUGAAAUUCAUUCGAGAGGGAAUAACAUCUACCUCAUAUGGGGCUUUGUGAAGAGGAGGCGAAAGAAAUACGUUGUUCAAACACUGCCGGGAUUUUUCUGGGGGAAAAUCAAGCUUCACCCUGUCUCAGUUUCAAGGGUGGCAGUGUUGACUUAGUCGCUCAUAACGCCUCUGACACUAUCUGUUCUUUUAAGUCAGAGAUCUCUGUGGAGCCUCCAGUCUCAGGCCUGGGUUUUGCCUCCUGGUGCCAAGACAUUCAGUAAAGUAAAGCCAGAAAGGCUCGCCCACCCUUGGGCUCACCUGCCAUCAGAUGUCCCCACCUUGCCAGUGCCGCAGGGCCACUGUGUGACUCGAAAAAUCUCAGAAUAGCUUUGAUGAGCGAAGUCUGUUCUCUAUCCUUUGGUGCUGGCCCACCAGGGGCCCAGAGUCUCUUCUAUGCACUAUCAAAAUCUUUGCUUUCUGAAUAAAACUUCAAAUUGGGCAAUAAAAA